GACAAGAAUAACUUAAUUCGUCCUCUGCUUGUUUUGUUUUGUCAACUCGAGGGGCCGUUUCCGCCUUUUUCGUCUCCGGCUUCAUCCUGUCAUCCCCAUGGGUAACAUUUGAAAGAAGACCGAUUUCGUUGUCCAUCGAUCUUUGCUGCCCAAUAUGCUCGUCUCGGUCGCAUCCGUCCUCCUUCUCGCCCUUUCCACGGCCAACGCCGCCCUCACUUACAAGGGCGCGGACUGGUCCUCGGCUUCGGUAGAGGAGAAGGCCGGCAUCAAGUACAAGAGCAACUCCGGCGCCUCGCAGUCCCUCGAGGUUAUCCUCAAGAACGCCGGUGUCAACUCGGUCCGCCAGCGCGUCUGGGUCAACCCCUCCAACGGCGACUACAACCUCAACUACAACCUCGCCCUCGCGAAACGCGCCAAGGCCCAGGGUCUGUCCGUCUACCUCACGCUGCACUUCAGCGACACCUGGGCGGACCCGAGCAAGCAGGCCAUCCCCUCGGGCUGGCCGUCAGACAUUGACAACCUCAGCUGGCGCCUGUACAACUACACGCUCGAGGUGAGCAACGCCUUCCAGCAGGCCGGCGUCCCGCCCGCUAUCAUCUCCAUCGGCAACGAGAUUCGCGCCGGUCUGCUCUUCAACACCGGCAGGACCUCCAACUGGUACAACGUCGCCCGCCUGCUCAACUCGGCCGCCUACGGCAUCAAGGACUCGUCCCUCAGCCCGAAGCCCAAGAUCAUGAUCCACCUCGACAACGGCUGGGACUGGAACACGCAGAACACCUGGUACACCAACGUCCUCGCCCAGAACGCCCUCAAGGCUAGCGACUUCGACAUGAUGGGCGUCUCGUACUACCCCUUCUACGGCUCUGGCGCCACGCUGUCGGCCCUGAAGACGAGCCUGACCAACAUGGCCAGCAAGUGGGGCAAGGAGAUCGUCGUCGCCGAGACCAACUGGCCCACAAGCUGCCCGAGCCCCGCCUACGCCUUCCCCAGCGACCUCAAGGACAUCCCCUUUUCCGCCGCCGGGCAGACCACCUUUGUCAAGCGGGUCGCCGACGUCGUCGCCGGCGUAAGGAACGGAAAGGGGCUUUACUACUGGGAGCCCGCGUGGGUGGACAACCAGGCCUUGGGGUCCAGCUGCCCCUCUAACACGUUGUUCUCGUGGCCCGGUACUGCAUUGUCGAGCCUGGAUGUCUUCAAGAGCAUUUGAGGGGCGCAGCGGUUGGUGGCAGCAGUGUCGGGGACGUUACGGGUUGGAAAGGCCAGCUUUGAAGGAGGAUCUGGGCGUGAAUCUAUUUGCUUCGAGAUAUAUAUUCUUUGGACGUGGAUCGUACAUAUUCAGUUUGGCUAGAUAAUGCAAAUAAGCGCUCCGGUAGUAUAUAAGCAGCCAUUGUCAAUUCUGGUAUCCUUUGCGGACCCAUCCAUCAACGAGU